AUGAUGAUUACCAGAAGAAAAUUUUUUAAGAAUGGGAAACCUGUUAACUCGACGGUUGCUUUGAAUGCAGGCGACUUUAAGACAUGUGGGAAAGGCAUUGGGAUGUCAAUUUUGCAAGGUGGACCAGCACCCAACUUUUUGGCACCAGAAAUAGCAUCCUAUCUGGUUGGGGAACCACUUUCUCCAUUCUUAAACCAAGACCCUCUACUUAGGACAGCUGCUGAAAGAGUAAGUUAAAAUAAUCUAUGAUCUGAAACAUUUUUCAUGCCCAAUCUAGAAAAUAAUAACACAUAAAAAAGCAUACCACCUUUAUGUCCAAAUGCGUUUUCACUUCACAUGCCAAUUAUGUCAUCAUUAUCGACUACAUGUGUCAGUUCAACCUUACUCUAAAUCCACAUUGUUAAGCAACAACAACAACAACAACAACAGUUAGUAUUUUAACUUGUUUUUCAGUUGGCAAAUGCAAAUACAGAUGAGAUAGUGACAGCAGCUCUUACAUACGAUGACAUGCUUGACGUGUUAGAAUCAAUAGGCUAUUCAGGCAUUCCCCAAAAGGAGACUCUGUCUGGAAUACAACCCAUUAUCCAUUGA